UUGUCUUUAGUGCUGUAUAGGAAAAUCUGCAGUUGUAAGCAGUGAUGCUGCCUGCCUGUGUUGUCCUUUGCUGUGGUGGUGCUGAAUCUCUGCUCAUAUUUCCCAUGCUCUGAAGCAAACUCCAUUGCUGCAAGAACAUCUAAAGUCUUAUCUUCUGCAUUAAAGGCCACCAUUGCAAGGAGAGAGUUUAUUUCUAAUCACUACCAAGACAUGAAGAUGUAUUCGCCAUGGGCUCGAUUCUACUCUAACAGCUGUUGCCUGUGUUGCCAUGUCCGCACUGGGACAAUUAUCCUUGGCGUGUGGUACCUGAUAAUAAAUUCAUUGGUCCUUCUUAUACUGCUGAGUGCCCUCGCUGAUCCAGACCUCUAUCACCUUUCAAGCAAUGACUUGAGGAAUGAAUUUUAUUAUAUGGAUGAGGCCAACAUGUGCAUUGCUACUUCAGUAUCACUCCUAAUGAUUUUAAUCUGUGCAAUGGCGACAUACGGUGCCUACAAGCAACAUGCUGCUUGGAUUAUCCCAUUUUUUUGCUACCAGAUUUUUGACUUUGCUCUGAACUCCCUGGUUGCUGUCAGUGUGCUUGUCUAUCCCAACACAAUUCAGGACUAUCUGCAGCAGCUGCCGUCCAGUUUCCCAUACAAGGAAGAGAUUCUGUCCGUGAAUCCCACAUGUCUUGUUGUGAUCAUUCUAUUCUUCAUCAGUAUCAUCCUGGCUUUUAAGGCUUACCUAAUCAGCUGCGUGUGGAACUGUUAUCGAUACAUCAACAGCCGCAAUUCGUCAGAUGUGUUGGUCUAUGUAACCACCAAUGACACAACAGUCCUUUUACCUCAAUAUGAAGACAGUGCAAGUGGAACAUCUAAGGAGCCUCCUCCACCCUACAUGUCAGCCUGAAGAAAAGCUGAAAACCCAACAUCAGAAAGAUUCAGCAGCUUUAUAAAUAUCUGAAGCAUUGGGGCAAUAAUACAUUUCAUCCACUGGUUAUAUUCUACUGAACGGCAGCACUACCAAAUAUCUUGUCAAUAAGCAUACCAUGAAUUAAAUGCACUAUGUUCCGCUGACAGCUAAAAGAUAGCCUAGUCAUGUCAAUGACUUUGAUUUUGGAGUCAUUGUGGAAGACUGAACAGAGAACCUUAGUGCAUCCCCUAUGGUGUUUCCCUUUGGCUUUGUAAUGUGACAUCUUUGAAACCUAUGUGCAAAGUGUUCUGUACAACAUACAUACUGUUUCCUUAUCCUAAAAUCUGCACUUACCUGGUCCCAUUGCUUUUAAUAGAGUAACGAUGUAAUGAAUUCAUGUUGAUAUUGUAUAUACUGAUUUUAAGGGUACUUGCACACUUGCGUGGACUGCUUAUCCAUAGCGUCUUCAUUCCUUUACUUUUGCUCUUUCUGUACUUUUUGUGUAUUACUUUAACAAAGUCUUCUAAUAAACAACAUUUAGACAAUGUAUAGCUGUAGAACAUUGUAUAUUAGGUAUGGAACAUUGAAUAUUAAAAUCAGAACCAUAACCAAUAUUUAGGCUGCAUGACUUUAGGCUGUUGAUCUUUGUAAACCUAAUACACUCUGGUCCAAAUAAUAAAGUUUAUUUUUUUUUCAGCUUACAGAAUAUAUGGCAUUUGCUAUGUAAUUUCAUUACAAAGUGAAAUUAAGACUGCAUGAUCAACCUAAGUAACUCUUUGCAUGUCCAAAAAAAAAGGUGAACCCAAUUUAAUAUAUAAUAGUACAAAUAAAAAGUGUUCCUUUUUUUGAUGAUUUCGUAUAAACAUUCAUGACUUUUUACGGAACAUGAAUGAAUGCGGGUGAAUUUGGGCAGGCUAUCAUUUAGCGCUCUCUGUAAAUGGGAAAUGCAUAUGUAAAGAAUUAUACAUUUAUAUAUAUGGUAUAUAUAUUUUGUUUGGGUUAUGCCUGACCUUAAUGUAUUUUGAGGAGUUAAGACAUUAUCCAUUCCAAAGAGGAUACAGCCUUGCAAUUUGCCGUUGCUUUGCUACAUUCAGUCAGAUUGAUGAAUACGCAAUUGUCUUAAAUGAGAAUUUUAUUUUGAUACACAGUGUGGCAAAGCAUUUGGAGUCGAUAUAUUUAGGCAUUUCGAAUGGCAGAAUGCAAGUGCUAAGCAUUACUAACUCUUAACCCUUCGAUUGAAAAUGCAAUAUUGGCUGAAAUAUGUAGACAUCUGUUAGUUGUGUCUUUUACUCACUGACUUUUUUUUUGUGUUGUCCAUAUUUUUGUUAUAAUAAAUAAUGUUUAAAACUUAAA